AUCUCAUUCUUUGCGACGGUGACCCGACAAGAUUAUUGCCGGGAAACAGACCGAGAAGAUUAAGCGUAAGAUUCUCAACGAAUGUUGGAGAAGGAAUCUGAUUUGACUGCAACGGAGAAACCAAAUAACAAGCACGCGGCUGAUUCGUUUUCCAGCGAGGAUUUGGUCUCACGCGGAGAAACCAAAUAACAAGCACGCGGAGAUCAAUUAUUUUUAUUUUCGUAGAAUCUGAUUGAAAUAUUAAGAAAAAAGAGAAAAAAGAGAGGAAAAGAGCAAAGUAAGUAGGAUAGAUGGCUAGUGUCCAGCAAAAUGGGCAACGGUUUGGCGUUUCAGAACCUAUCUCUAUGGGAGGACCAACGGAGUUUGAUGUGAUCAAGACAAGAGAGCUCGAGAAGCACUUGCAAGAUGUUGGAUUGUACGAGAGCAAGGAGGAAGCUGUUAGAAGGGAGGAGGUUCUGGGGAUACUAGAUCAGAUUGUAAAAACAUGGAUUAAAACAAUCAGCCGCGCCAAAGGGUUGAAUGAUCAGCUGCUUCAUGAGGCGAAUGCAAAGAUAUUUACUUUCGGUUCUUAUCGACUAGGGGUACAUGGACCUGGUGCUGAUAUAGACACUUUAUGUGUGGGACCUAGACAUGCAACUAGAGAAGGUGAUUUCUUUGGUGAGCUACAAAGAAUGCUGUCAGAAAUGCCGGAAGUAACUGAACUGCACCCUGUGCCUGAUGCUCAUGUUCCAUUGAUGGGAUUCAAACUUAAUGGAGUUUCUAUAGAUCUCCUUUAUGCACAACUUCCACUCUGGGUUAUACCUGAGGACUUAGAUUUAUCACAGGACUCCAUUCUACAGAAUGCUGAUGAGCAAACUGUUCGAAGUCUCAACGGUUGUAGAGUUACUGACCAAAUCUUGCGUCUGGUUCCAAACAUUCAGAAUUUCAGAACAACAUUAAGAUGCAUGAGAUUUUGGGCCAAACGACGUGGAGUAUACUCUAAUGUCUCGGGAUUUCUUGGUGGUAUAAACUGGGCAUUGCUUGUAGCUCGGAUAUGUCAACUUUAUCCUAACGCCCUCCCUAAUAUUUUAGUGUCUCGGUUCUUUAGGGUCUUCUAUCAAUGGAAUUGGCCGAACGCCAUUUUUCUUUGUUCUCCGGAUGAAGGAUCCCUUGGUCUUCAAGUUUGGGAUCCUAGAAUAAACCCAAAGGAUCGGUUGCAUAUAAUGCCCAUCAUUACUCCUGCUUAUCCUUGUAUGAACUCUAGUUACAAUGUCUCUGAAAGUACAUUGCGGAUUAUGAAAGGAGAGUUUCAGAGAGGAAACGAAAUAUGUGAGGCUAUGGAAUCAAACAAAGCUGACUGGGAUACCCUUUUUGAGCCAUUUGCAUUCUUUGAAGCGUAUAAAAACUAUCUACAGAUAGACAUUUCUGCUGCAAAUGUCGAUGAUCUAAGAAAAUGGAAAGGCUGGGUUGAGUCACGCCUCCGCCAGCUCACACUGAAGAUCGAGAGACAUUUUAAAAUGCUUCAUUGCCACCCUCAUCCCCAUGAUUUUCAAGACACAUCCCGGCCACUCCAUUGCUCUUACUUCAUGGGUCUGCAACGUAAACAAGGAGUUCCAGCAGCAGAAGGCGAGCAAUUCGAUAUCAGAAGAACCGUUGAGGAGUUUAAACACACUGUCAACGCUUACACAUUGUGGAUUCCAGGGAUGGAGAUUAGUGUUGGCCAUAUAAAACGGAGAAGCUUACCUAAUUUUGUGUUUCCUGGUGGAGUUAGACCUUCACAUACCUCUAAAGGAACAUGGGACAGCAAUCGCCGUUCAGAGCACAGAAAUUCUUCUACAUCAAGUGCACCAGCUGCUACUACCACUACUACCGAAAUGAGUUCUGAAAGUAAAGCUGGUUCUAACAGUCCAGUUGAUGGGAAGAAGAGAAAAUGGGGAGAUAGUGAAACACUCACCGAUCAGCCAAGGAACUCUAAACACAUUGCUGUUUCAGUGCCUGUAGAGAAUUGUGAAGGCGGGAGUCCAAAUCCAUCUGUUGGAUCAAUUUGUUCAAGUCCUAUGAAAGAUUAUUGUACAAACGGUAAAUCUGAGCCUAUUAGUAAGGAUCCACCAGAAAAUGUUGUUGCUUUCAGUAAGGAUCCACCAGAGAGUCUUCCGAUAGAAAAGAUAGCCACUCCUCAAGCUCAUGAAACUGAGGAGCUUGAAGAAAGUUUUGAUUUUGGAAACCAAGUGAUUGAGCAGAUAUCUCAUAAAGUUGCAGUCCUGUCUGCUACUGCAACUAUACCUCCAUUCGAAGCUACUUCAAAUGGCUCUCCUUUCCCUUAUGAAGCAGUGGAAGAACUUGAGGUUCUUCCCACGCGACAGCCCGAUGCGGCACAUAGACCUUCAGUACAACAGCGAAAACCGAUAAUCAAAUUGAGCUUCACGUCUCUAGGCAAAACCAAUGGCAAGUAAUAAUGGCUUUUCCCUACAUUGCCAAGAAUCUCAGAGCACUUACGGAAAUUCGAGAUGUUAAGUUGAGGGGUUCUUGUUACUUUAUGUCUUAUAUUUAUAUGCUUUUCUUAGAUGUUGCAUGAUCUCAUGUAAAACUCGUUUGGAUAAGAUUAAUGUAAUGUGUUCUUGUCUAUGGAUCCCAAACACUUUUUCUGUCAUAAAUAAAAGUCUGGGUUGAGUUUACUUCACAUAUAUAUAUAAAUGCAGACUCAAACGUUAAAACAUUGAUUCUUAGUUA